AGUUUGUGAGAAUGUCAAAAUACAAUUUGCAGCGCCGGUGUGUUUUGUUUGCGGUGUGAAUUUCUUAUUUUCAAAAUGAGCAGUAAUUACAAAGAGCUGUACAAAAAGAGCGUCGAUCUCGGUGAGCAACAAAAGCUGCGCCAGCAACAGUUGCUCUAUGAGCAAAAAAGGCGAAGACAGCUGCAACAAGAUGUCCACCGGCUCGUUAAAGACUCAGACGACGACGACGACGAUGAACAAGAGCAGUCAACAUCGAGCGGACAGAGCAAAGCGCAACAGAAAAAACGCAGACAGCGCAACAAAAAUACCAAGAACAACCACAAUGACAGCAAGAAUCCGUAUUUAAGGCUACAGCAAUCCGAAUGGCUGCGGCAUCGUCCCGACAACUUGUCCGAUUGGUUGCUACUGCCCUGUCCCGUGGGCAAGCGCUGCUUGGUUAUGGCCAGUAAUGGCCGUACAAAGGUCUACAAUAAAGCAGGACGCAUUGUCAUGCAGCUACGUUCACUGUUGCCUGGCGAUGGCUACGUGCAGAAGUUCAAGACUGUGCUGGACUGCGUGUACGUUCAGGAGAUGGAUACUUUCUUUGUGCUGGAUGCGCUCUCAUUUGGCCAGCAGCUGCUGCUCGAUUGCGAUGCAAAUUUUCGUUUCUUUUGGCUGCGGUCGCGCUUCGAUGAGCACGGCGAACUGAGCGAGCGUAGCAACCGAAAUGAAAAACCGUUCAAGUUGCUGGAGUACUAUGAUUUUGAGGACGCCAGCGCUGUGGAGCAGGCGCUGCAACGCUAUCCCCAGUGGGAGGCGAAUCAGCCGCAGCUGGACGGUCUACUCUUCUAUCACAAGGAGGCCAGCUACACCUGUGGCAGCACACCUUUAGUUUGUUGGCUAUUUCCCUUUAUGCUGCCUGAUGUGCUGAACCUGCCCGUCCACAGCGGCUAUGAGGCUCCAGAUGAUUAUCUGCCCAGUGCCGCGCUCGAAUAUAUGGAUGAGUUUGACAGGAAGCUGUUGGCGCAGCGACAGCAGCUGAAGAAAUCCAGCAAAGCAAUCGAGACCGUCAAGGAACCCGCUGCAGUUGCUGCUGAUGUCAAUGCCAUGGAUGAGGACGAUGAGCUAGAGGAAUUCGCUGAGCUGCGUAGCCUGUUGGAUCACCAGCGACGUCUGGAGCUGGGUGAACUGGACAUGGACUGCAGUCCGGCAAUGACAGCGCCAGAACCAGAGCCAGAGCCGGUUGUAAAGCCAGGGCCAGCGCCACAGCCAGUGGCAAAGCCGGAGCCAGCGGCCAGCAGCAGCAGCUGUUGAAAGUUAUUGU